GGACGGCGGCCAUCUUGAGAGCGGGCCGCGCUGCCCGCGUCCAAGAUGGCGGAGGGCGCCUCUUCGCCUCGCCCGGAUCCCCCUGCCCGCCGCGCGCCGCCAUGACCGGCCUGGCCCUGCUGCGCCUCCUCGCCCGGGGCAGCCGCGCCCGGGGGCGCUUGGGGGCCCUCCCCGCCGCCCUGCGCAGCGCGGGCGCAACCACAACGCCGCGGACGAGCUUUCCAUCACAAAGGUUUUCCCCUGUUUUUGAAGGACUUUCUCCAGCCAUAGUGGAAAAGUAUUUAUUCCCAGCCCAGCUCUGGAGGCUUCUGGGUGGCCCUUUCUAUUUCUCUACCUCUGGUUCUCGGGGCAAUGGCAAAAGUGGUGAAGGCUCCAAAGGGAAAUCCCCGGAGGAAGAUGAGGAGGAGAAGAAACGCCGAGAGAGGGAAGACCAGAUGUAUCGAGAGCGCUUGAGGACCCUCCUUCUCAUCGCCAUCGUCAUGAGCCUGCUGAACUCCUUGAGUACCAGCGAGGGGAACAUCUCCUGGACUGACUUUGUGAAUGAGAUGCUGGCCAAAGGGGAGGUGGAGCGGAUUCAGGUGGUGCCAGAGAGCGACUUUGUGGAGAUCUACCUGCACCCCGGGGCGGUCGUGUUUGGACGGCCCAGAUUCGCCCUGAUGUACAGAAUGCAGGUGGCAAACAUCGAUAAAUUUGAAGAGAAGUUGCGAGCCGCUGAGGAAGAGCUGAACAUUGAUGUGAAGGACAGGAUCCCCGUCUCCUACAAGCGCACUGGCUUCUUUGGAAAUGCUCUCUAUGCCCUGGUGAUGGCAGCGUUGGGAGUCGCCAUCCUGUGGUACAUCUUUCGCCUGACUGGGAUGGCCGGAAGGGAAGGGGGCUUCAGCGCCUUUAAUCAGUUGAAAAUGGCCCGCUUUACUAUUGUGGAUGGCAAAUCUGGGAAAGGAGUCAGCUUCAAGGACGUCGCGGGAUUGCACGAGGCCAAGUUGGAGGUCAAGGAAUUUGUGGAUUAUUUGAAGAGCCCAGAGCGCUACCUGCAGCUGGGGGCCAAGGUGCCCAAAGGGGCCCUCCUGCUGGGCCCACCCGGCUGUGGCAAGACCUUGCUGGCCAAAGCAGUAGCAACGGAGGCACAAGUGCCUUUCCUGGCAAUGGCUGGCUCCGAGUUUGUCGAGGUGAUUGGAGGUCUCGGGGCUGCUCGUGUGCGAAGCCUCUUCAAAGAAGCCCGGGCCCGGGCCCCCUGCAUCGUCUACGUCGAUGAAAUAGACGCCGUGGGGAAGAAGCGCUCCACCAACAUGGCUGGCUUUUCCAACACGGAGGAAGAGCAGACCCUAAACCAGCUGCUGGUGGAAAUGGACGGCAUGGGCACCACCGAUCACGUCAUAGUGCUGGCAUCCACCAACCGGGCAGACAUCUUGGAUAACGCUCUCAUGAGACCCGGGCGGCUCGAUCGCCACAUUUUCAUCGAUCUGCCCACCCUGCAGGAGAGGAGGGAGAUCUUUGAGCAGUGCCUGAAGGGCCUGAAGUUAUCCCAGGCCGGCAGCUUCUAUUCCCAGCGGCUGGCCGAACUGACUCCAGGCUUCAGUGGAGCCGACAUAGCCAAUAUCUGCAACGAGGCCGCUCUUCAUGCCGCAAGGGAAGGGCAUAAAUCCAUUGACACCUUCAAUUUUGAAUAUGCUGUGGAAAGAGUCAUUGCAGGGACUGCCAAGAAGAGCAAGAUUCUGUCCCAGGAGGAGCGAAGGGUGGUGGCAUUUCAUGAGUCAGGCCAUGCCCUUGUGGGCUGGCUGCUGGAGCACACGGAGGCGGUGAUGAAGGUCUCCAUAGCCCCUCGCACAAAUGCUGCCCUGGGCUUUGCUCAGAUCCUGCCCAAGGACCAGUACCUCUUCACCAAGGACCAGCUCUUCGAACGGAUGUGCAUGGCCUUGGGAGGAAGGGUGUCCGAGGCCAUCACUUUCAACAAAGUGACGACAGGGGCACAAGAUGACCUGAGGAAAGUAACCAGGAUCGCCUACUCAAUGGUGAAGCAAUAUGGGAUGGCGCCCAGUGUCGGCCACCUGUCCUUCCCAGACCAGGAAAAUACUCCAGGGAUCGGUCGGCGCCCCUUCAGCCAUGGCCUCCAGCAGAUCAUGGACCAUGAAGCAAAGAUGCUGGUGGCCCAAGCCUACAGGCGCACAGAGAGGUUGCUUCUGGACAACCGGGACAAGCUGAAGAUGGUGGCUCAUGCCCUCCUGGAGAAGGAAGUGAUAAACUAUGAGGACAUCGAAGCCCUGAUUGGGCCUCCUCCCCAUGGGCCCAAGAAAAUGAUUGUCCCGCAGAGCUGGCUGGAAGCCGAGAGAGACAAACAAGAUGUGGAGGACGAAGAGCCCCCCCAGCAGCCACAGAGCCGAGGAGAAGAAGAAGAGCCCGACCUGAGACCUGUUUGAAACCAGGCUACGGCGUGAAGUGGAGGGAGGGCUAUCCAGCUGCCUGUCUGAACAGACUCACUAGAAGAGGUUCUCUUCCUUUGCGCCUGGCGUGCACGGGCCUCUCUGCUCGGAUUUCCGGGGUGGGUUGUAGCCCGUGGGGCUUUCCCUCCUCUGGGAAUGAGCCAUGGCCUGGGUGUGAUGUCAAGCACCAUUUCCAAGACGUCUGGAAAAAGGAGGCAUCCACGCGUCCCUGGACUGUGCUCCUGGCAGAGGCAUCCGGCUCUCACGCGAUGGGCUGCCAAGGGCUUGGAUCAGCUGCUGCUGUGCUUUUGAAAAGGCUGGCUACUCAGACACCCUCUUUUUGCUCAAUAGCAAUGAACUUGCAAAGCCCAAAUCAAGUGGUUUGAGAAAGAGAGUUUACAAGCCCCUGGGCAGGAUAUGGUUCUGAUUGGAGGGCAGGGUGGUGAUGCCUUGAGGCUGAAUGCUUGUCCAGAGGUGUUGGAUUCGGGGAGGGGGCGGGUGCAUUGAUCCUCACUAAGUGAGGGUGGGUGGGCUGGGGUGCAAGAGAGGUCAGCCGGUUACAUUCUCGUCCUCCUCUUCAAAGUGGAUUAUUUCCACGAGAAUUACUGUCUUUGUCCUUGAAUGAGCCUAGUCCAUAUUUUGCUCCUACCAACAUUAACCUGCAGUUCCUUGGCCUCUUUUAGAGUUUUCUACUCAGGAGGUUAAUUACAACUAUAAAACAAAUUUUUUAUAGUCCACCUUCCCUAUUGGCCCUUGGCAGUUGUCAUCUGUAAUCUGUGGCUACCACCUAGUGGUCUUUUCAGAAACUGGCAUGGAAUAGUAUCUCUCUAGAAAUGUCUGGCAAGAUCACAGGCUCCUCAGUCUGUGUGGCUGUUCCCCCCAAAGGGAAGCCAAUCCGCCCACGAGACCUUUCAGGCAUCACUUGACUUUCACCGGAUCCCUCAGAGAACUCCAAGGGCAGGGAAGCCAUGGGUCCUGACUGUCACUCUGUGUUUGUCUUGAGGUUGGGAUAAUGUUCAAGAAAAUAAAGUUUGGAAGCUAUUA